AUGGCCACCAACAUCACCUGGCAUCCGUCCCUCUCUCGCCGCGAGCGCAACCAGCUGCGCGGCCAGCGCGGCCUCACAAUCUGGCUGACCGGCCUCUCCGCCUCCGGCAAGUCCACCGUGGCCACCGCGCUCGAGCAGCACCUCCUGCACCUGGGCCUCUCCGCCUACCGCCUCGACGGCGACAACGUGCGCUUCGGCCUCAACAAGGACCUGGGCUUCUCCGAGGCCGACCGCAACGAGAACAUCCGCCGCAUCGGCGAGGUCGCCAAGCUCUUCGCCGACUCGGCCACCAUCGCCAUCACCUCCUUCAUCUCUCCCUACCGCGCUGACCGCGACCUUGCGCGCCAGCUGCACGCCCAGACCAACCAGGACGGCGACGAGCCCAUCCCCUUCAUCGAGGUCUUCGUCGACGUGCCCCUCGAGGUUGCUGAGCAGCGCGACCCCAAGGGCCUUUACAAGAAGGCCCGCGCUGGCGAGAUCAAGGAGUUCACUGGCAUCUCUGCACCUUAUGAGGAGCCUUUGAACGCCGAGAUUACGAUCAAGACGCACGAGAACACCGUUGAGGAAUGCGUUGCGCAAAUCACAAACUGGCUCAGCGAGCAAGGCUACAUCAAGAGCGUAGAGGUUAAGAACUAA